UAUGAGCGGCUGACAACCACCUGACUGGACACACUGCAAGUCAUAACUGUAGUCAGCUAUAUAAGAACAUCUCUCUAACAUAGCCCUGCAUCAGAUACAGGUGGAUAUACCUCAAACUUCACCACACACACCGACAUAGAGAAAGUCAGGAUGAAACUGUUGCUGGUUGCUGCUGCUGCUCUGGCCGUGGCCAGCUGUGCCAGCAUCUCUCUGGAAGACCUGGAGUUCCACGCCUGGAAACUCAAGUUUGGAAGGUCCUACAACUCUCCGGCAGAGGAGGCUCACCGCAGGGAAAUCUGGCUCAGCAACCGCAGACUGGUGCUGGUGCACAACAUCUUAGCCGAUCAGGGUUUCAAGUCCUACCACCUCGGCAUGACCUACUUUGCUGACAUGGCAAAUGAGGAGUACAAACGCCUGAUUUCCCAGGGCUGCCUCGGCUCCUUCAACGCUUCUCUGCCUCGCCACGGCUCUUCUUUCCUACGGCUAUCUGAAGUAGCUGAUCUGCCCAACAGUGUUGACUGGAGGGACAAGGGAUACGUCACUGAUGUCAAGGAUCAAAAGCAGUGUGGCUCCUGCUGGGCCUUCAGCACAACUGGCUCUCUGGAGGGUCAGACCUUCAGGAAGACAGGGAAGCUGGUGUCUCUGAGUGAGCAGCAGCUGGUUGACUGCUCCAGCGACUAUGGCAACAUGGGUUGCAUGGGAGGCCUGAUGGACAACGCCUUCCAGUACAUCCAAGCCAACGGAGGGAUAGACACUGAGGACUCCUACCCUUAUGAGGCUGAGGAUGGUCAGUGCCGUUACAAACCUGACACUAUUGGUGCCACAUGCACAGGCUAUGUUGAUGUGGAACAAGGCAAUGAAGGUGACCUAAAGCAGGCUGUGGCCACCGUCGGACCUGUGUCUGUGGCCAUUGAUGCUUCUCAUGUGUCCUUCCAGCUGUACCAAUCAGGAGUGUAUGAUGAGCCAGAGUGCAGCAGCUCAGAGUUGGACCAUGGUGUAUUGGCUGUAGGUUACGGCAGUGACAACGGACAUGACUACUGGCUGGUCAAGAACAGCUGGGGUCUAGAAUGGGGAGACAAGGGAUACAUCAUGAUGACCAGGGACAAAAACAACCAGUGUGGCAUUGCUACUGCAGCCAGCUACCCCCUGGUCUGAGCAGGUCCAGGACCUUCCUCACGGAGGAGGAGAAAAGUGGCAUAAUUUACUUUAAUUUUAUAAA